CUUUUCCGGAGACCGCCCCUUCCUCUCGGUGCGGGAGGUUCAAACUGCUGCCUCGCUUUGUGUUUUGUUUGUGUUUUGGUCCUCGCGUCGCCGAUGCUGCCCCAGAGGACUGGACCGGUGUUUCAAUCGAAACACUUCUUGUAUCCAUGUUUUUCCGUAGAUGAAAUGCUUCUCGGUAGUUAAUAAAUUACGGAAGGAACCGUGGAGAAGCAGUACGCAAACAGCACAGUUCGUGUCACUUGAGCAAAGUAGAGGUAGGUCGGAGGCCGAGGUUGCCCUCCCUUCGAGGUGGAAAACAACUUCGCAGCCCACAACCGCCGCUUGACAGAACUCCUGAGCCUUAAGCACACUGCCUGUGCUCCUGUGUCCCCAUCCCCCCACAGUCCAUGCUGAGAAGGGCGGCAUAGCCAGGCAUGGGAAUGGCAGCCGAGGCGCGAAUGGUGCUCUAUGAGGAUGAUUCCGUCCAAGUGCACUACGCUUGUGGGUCCACGCUGCAGCUCUCUCCUUGCGGCUCUGAAUUUCUCUUUGAAAAGGCACUUCCUCCCUCAACACAUCCUUUAGAACAACCAGAGAGAAUCCGUCAGCGGACACACUUUGUUAUUAGCAACUACCGAGAGCAACUACAGCGAGCCCUAGAUUUUCGAAACUCUUCAGCUACAUGCCCUUUUUUAUCUGAAAGCAUCAUACCUCCUGAAAGAAAAAAGCAUAUCUUCAUUGAUUUCUCGGAAGUAGAAUGGCCCAGCCUUGACAGAGAUGACUGCAUCACGUACUCGGAGAGUGGCGUGGUGAAGAUAACAUCCCUGGAUGGACACGCGUACCUUUGUCUGCCCAGAUCUCAGCAUGAAUUUACAGUACAUUUUUUGUGUAAAGUGAGCCAGAGGCCAGAUUCAUCUGGCAUACUAUCCGAAACACAGAAUCAGGACCCCAAAAAUAAACUAGUUGAGAAGACCAGAAAAGUCUGCAGAUGUGGAAAUUUAUCAGGACAAAGAUUAAGGGAUAAAGAAAACGAACCUCAUUACCAGAUCUUGAAAUCUAAAAACGCUUCAGUGAACAUAUGCUGUGUGAAUGACACUGAGGGGAGACGGGAGCUUCCUUCCCUGAGCACGAAUCACAGAUGUGUGUACGCAUGGGUAAAGCAGGCUUGGUCUGUUGCCUCCUGUCCAGAGGAGUGGAAAUACCCUCUGUCUUUAGCACUUCGUUUUUAUAACAAAGUUCGUGUUGCAUCAGAAAUUGAUGCAGAUUUCCCUGCAAGUAGCAUUGUGACUUCUGACAGUCCUGAAGAAAGAGGAACGGAGGUUUCUGUCCUUCCCAGGGCCUUGUUACUCAGCUGCCCUGCCCCACACAUGCACAGGUGGAACUUCUGUGACUCACUUUUACAGAGACAGCCCGAUGCAGAAGAGUUUUCCUACCCUGAGCUUGUGAAGGUGGUGUGGUAUCAGGGUGUUACAUACAGGCUUACCCAUAAAAAUGUAAACUCAAUAGAGAUUUUUCCUGGAGACGGAUCGGUUUUCAAGUCAGAAGGGGCUCAUUUUGGUAACUAUUUUACAUAUUAUCCAAGUCAAGAAGAAUCAGAAGAGAGAGACGAGAAAACUUACUCUGUAAAUAACCUUCCUCCAGACAGACCAGGAAAUUUCUUCUCUGUACGUUCUCUGAUUAAACAGGCAACCAGAAUUCUUCAACAUUGUGCCAAGAUAAGGCUUUCACUAGGCCACAACUACCGUGUGUGCUGCUGGAAAAUGGCACCUGGAGUAAGUGUUAGCAGUAUCCUGCCCGUGCUUCUGAAGGAAUCCCUCAUCCCAAGCAUGGGGAGAUUCCUUGCCUACUCCGAUGACAAAGUCCAUGCUGUCUUUUUGGAUGGCGUCACAGUAACGAUGAAUUGGAAUCUCAGCUCCUCUGCUGAGAAGAAACAAGUAGAUCAAGGGCUCAGCUUCGGUUGGUGCAGAUUAACUUUUCCUGAUGGACAGGAUCAGUUAAUUCCAACUGAACACCCUGGAGCAUAUGAAAGGUCUGUUGCUUCUGAGCUUGAGAAAAUACAGAAAUUUAACUGGCUGUUGGAAAACAGUGGUGUCCUCAACCUAACUUCUAGCAAGAAUGAGCAGUGUUCUGGUUACUGUAAAUCAGGAUCUUCAGAAACCUUGCUAGAAGCAACUAAUGAAGAGAGGGUAUCAGUAGCAUUAAAAAGAACUUCUGAAAUCCUUCAGGAUAUUGACCAUCUUCUGUCAUUCUCUAGAAAGUGAAAAAUGAAAGUAUUACAAAACCUGAAGGACGUUUCAAAUUACUAGUAUGGAAUUGCUACAGACCCAAGAAAUUGCAGAUGUUACUUCUGCAGAAUGAUUGUGCAGAACUGACUUCACUUUGAUUGUAUUUUGCUCAUCUUGUAAAUUUUAGUGUUUGUGUGUGUAUACAUUUUUAAAAUAAAGAACAGUUUUGAA